GGGAGGAGAGAGACAAGUGUUAUAGAGAGUUAGGCAGAAAAGUGAACUAAAUCACACUUCAGUUGUCCUGCAACCAGACACUCAAAAGUCCAAACUGAGAAACCUGGGAUUUUACUGACUGACUUCAAAGUCGUGCGCUUUUACGCACAGACUGUUCACGCACGAGGACGUCGAGUCAAACUUAAACCACACUUUAUUUAGACUCUUCUUGUUGUUUGGUUGUUUCUUUUCAACGCUCAAACAUGACAGAGAACAUGUCAUUGCCGGACCAUCCAUGCAGUCCAGCAGACAGCGACCGCUCCGUGACCCCGCGCCAUCCGGACCCCCCAGCUGCAGCUGCAGGGUCCGUCACUGCAGAACCUGCCGAAGGACACAAACCGCAGAGCGGGGCACAAGCUGAGCGUUUCCCGACCUGCAUCCGCGAAGCUGUGUCUCAGGUGCUGAAGGGUUACGACUGGUCUCUGGUGUCCAUGUCCAGUCAGGGGGAGAGGGGACUGAAGAGCAAACCUCACGUCAAACGGCCCAUGAACGCCUUCAUGGUCUGGGCGCAGGCUGCACGCAGGAAACUGGCGGAUCAGUAUCCUCACCUGCACAACGCCGAGCUCAGUAAGACGCUGGGGAAACUGUGGAGACUUCUCUCUGAAACAGAGAAGAGACCUUUUGUGGAGGAGGCAGAAAGGCUGAGGCUGCAGCACAAGAAAGACUACCCUGACUACAAGUACCAGCCUCGAAGACGCAAGAGCUCCAAACCAGGUUUAGUGGACUGUAAAGCUGGACUGGUUCAGCCACAGCAGGACCUGUUUAAGACUGAACCGGGGUUGACCAGGUUGGCUGGACCAGGAGAUGCUCCUCCUCCUCACCAUCAUCAAUACUAUCCAGACAGAGCAGGUCAGUCUCAUGGACCUCCAACACCUCCUACUACUCCAAAAACCGACGCUCCCUUAGGAACCAAACAUGACACCCACCGCGGUGGGGAUGGUUCUGCUCCACCUUCCAGUCGCCAGAACAUUGACUUCAGCAACGUGGACAUCUCAGAACUCAGCACAGACGUCAUCGGCAACAUCGAUGGAUUUGACGUCCAUGAGUUGGACCAGUACCUGCCUCCAAACAGCCACGGCUCUGCUCUCCUCACCCCGUCGGACACCAACCAUGUGCAUAACAAUCCCACAGGGUCGUUCAUUCUCCCCAACCUCCACUCACACUCCAGCAGCAGCCCCGUCUGGACUCCCAGAACCUCAAGCGGAUCAUCUGCUGGAUGUCCACCGUCUUCUUCCAGCAGUGACACCAAUGAGGACAACAGCCAAAAACCUCAAAUCAAAACAGAACAGAUGAGCCCAGGUCACUACAACAGCUCCUCCUCCUCCUCCUCCGCCACUCCACCACCUCCUCCAGAGUACACCUCCCUGAGCUCAGGCAGCUCCUCCAACCCUUCCACCAACCAGUACAACGAACUCCAGAGCUCCAGCUUCUACAGCACCAUCUCUGGGUAUCCUGCUGGUCUGUACCAGUAUCCGUACUUCCACUCCUCCAGGAGUCCAUACACCACAUCACUGAUCAGCAGCUUGGCAUUGGCAACAUCUCCACACAGUCCUCCUCCUGGCUGGGAGCAGCCCAUCUACACAACACUGUCCAGGCCUUGAUGCUGAGGACUCCCACAGGUGGACCGCAGCCUGGAGCCUACAAAUGGUUCCUGAACUCAACAAUAGUCUUGGUACUGUACUUCCAUUGGUUUCCAGUCCCUGCAGUGGAAACACAAGUAGUUCCUGGUACUUUCUUGUAAAAACAAAUCCAAAAACGUAUGCUAAUUUUGAAUGUUUUAAAGCUUUUUCAUAAACUUUUUCAUUCUCUAAAUUAUCAGGGUGAAUAUGGAUCAUUCAAGAUUCAAAUGACAUUAUUAUUUUUGUUGUUGAUGAUGUUAUUUAGCUAAUUUAACCAGUCUUAUGUAUUUACUAGCAGGUUUUUUUUUUCAUUUAGAAAAAAUAUAUUUUCCUGGAAUAACUGAUUUGCAUUUGAAAUAAAAUAUUUUCUAUAUUAUACCUGGAGGAGCUGGACUAAUUUCUCUCAGCUAAGUCAGCUAGGUGUUGAAACCUUCCCGGGGUAAAUCAUUUUGCCCACCAUUACAAUUGUCAUAAUUUUCAACUAAAUUGAUCACUGUGACAUCAUUAGGUACAGGGUCCAUCGUAGGGCUACAGUCACAACAACAGGCACAGCUAAUAAAUCAAAUCCAGAGUGUUGAUGAAUGUUCUCCUUCCUCUUGUUCAUACUUCUUGUCUGAUUUUACAGCCGAUCCGUCUCCAAGUGCUGCUUCAUUUCCACCUCAUUCCUCAGUCGAACAGCUGCUCCUGCUGAGUUUCUUGGUAGAACAUUAGCUGAUUUCACAGUCACAGUUCAGGGUGGAUUGUUUCCUGCAGGACCUGACUGACAGGACAGCUGGACGGGGAUUAGAAGAACAAGUCUUCACCUCAACUCAUGUUCUAAGCGGGUCACUGGCUGAAGUGUGGGCUGAAACUGCAGGUUUAUCACGGGAAGAGAAAUGGAGUUCUGGAGCUACAGAGUUAUCUUUAGGUCCAAGGGUCCGAGACGGAGUCCCUGACACUUUUAAAGACUUCCUGUGCGGUUCCAGCAGGCGGCUGCUACAGCUCAGUAGCUCAGUGUCUCAAGAGUUUACCGUGACAACCUGGUUGCCAACGACAACACCUCAUCCAGACAGAAGAAACAUUGAUUUGCUCAUGAUUCAGUGAGAGUGCUGGAGCCGUACGUGGAAGUGUGUGUAAGAGUGGCGAGAUCAUCAGGUGACAUUUACAGCAGCAGCAGUCCACACCUACAGCGACUGUGCUGCUCUUCUGCAUGACUGAGGAGCGCCACCUUCUGUUAUAUGGAAAAUGUGAACAAGCCUUUACUGAGGUUCUAAAAGAAAAAUAUCAGCUGUAUUAUUACAGUUCUCUAGAAAAUGUUGCCAUAACGGAACAGCAGAGAAAUUACAGUGACAUUCCUAACAUGUUUUUUUUUUACAAAAAGUCCUUGUUUUUACUUUAAUUUUUGGUUGUAAACCAGUGGUGUUCCUAGCUAAUUUUGGACCCUGCAUCAAAUAUGGUGGGGAGGCUGGUGGUUGGGGGGUUCAGGGUGUCCCCCACCACCAACUCUGACAGAAUGAAACGAGCCAU